AUGUGGUGCAAGUUGUGCUUCCUGCUGCUGUACUUCGCGGCGCUGUUCGUGCUGUCGCGGCUGCUGGAGGCGGCGGUGUGGUACGAGACGGGCUUCUUCGCCGCGCAGCUGGUGGACCCCGUGGCGCUCAGCCUCCGCCGCCUCCGCACCAUCCUCGAGUGCCGCGGCCUCGCCCACCCGGGCACCCGGCCCCUCCGCGAGGGACACGCCCGGCACCUCGUGCGCCAGUCCGGUGAUCUCAUGGAGGGUGAACUUUAUUCUGCUCUUAAAGAAGAGGAAGCUUCAGAAUCUGUUUCAAGCACAAACUUCAGUGGUGAGAUGCAUUUUUAUGAACUGGUGGAAGAUACGAAGGAUGGUAUCUGGCUAGUACAGGUCAUAGCAAAUGACAGCAGGCCUCUUAUGGGAAAGGUCCAUUGGGAGCAAAUGGUGAAGAAAGUAUCAAAAUUUGGUGUACGUACAGGUACUUUUAACUGCUCCGGUGACCCAAGAUACUGCAAGAGGAGAGGCUGGAUAAGAUCCACACUAAUUAUGUCAGUUCCACAAACUAGAACAUCCAAAGGAAAAGUGAUGCUUAAAGAAUAUGGUGGACAUAAAAUUGAGACGGAGCAUAUUUUUAAAUGGAUAAUGGCCCACACAGCUUCUCGGAUCAAAACCAUCUUCAAAUCAGAACAUUUGAAAGAAGAAUGGAACAAAAGUGACCAGUAUCGAGUAAAAAUAUACCUGUUUGCUAAGUUAGACCAGCCUCCCGCCUUCUUCUCUGCACUAAGCGUCAAGUUUACUGGGAGAGUUGAGUUUAUUUUUGUGAAUGUAGAAAACUGGGACAAUAAGAGUCAGAUGGCAGAGAUGGGUAUCUAUAAGAUGCCAUCUUACAUCCUUAGAACUCCUGAAGGCAUUUAUCAGUAUGGGAAUAAUACUGGUGAAUUCAUUUCCCUGCAUGCCAUGGACUCCUUCUUGCGCUCUUUACAACCUGAAGUGAAUGAUUUAUUUGUCCUCAGUCUGGUCUUAGUUAACCUGAUGGCUUGGAUGGACCUAUUUAUUACCCAAGGGGCCACUAUAAAGCGCUUUGUUGUUCUGAUAAGCACUUUGGGGACCUAUAAUUCACUCUUGAUUAUUUCUUGGCUACCAGUCCUAGGUUUUUUGCAGUUACCUUAUUUAGACAGUGUCUAUGAAUGUAGUUUAAAAUUGUUCAGGUAUUCUAAUACGACCACCUUGGCAUCCUGGGUGAGAGCUGACUGGAUGUUCUACUCAUCACACCCUGCCUUGUUCCUCAGCACUUAUCUGGGCCAUGGCUUAUUAAUAGAUUAUUUUGAGAAAAAAAGACGGCACCAUAACAGUGAUGAAGUAAAUUCCAAUAACCUGGAGUGGCUCUCAAGCCUUUGGGACUGGUACACCAGCUAUCUCUUCCACCCCAUUGUGUCUUUCCAGGACUUUCCCUUCGAAUCAGAUUGGGAUGAAGACCCAAAUCUAUUCAUUGAGCACUUGGCUUUCCCUGCUUUGUGGCUUCACCCACUAAUACCAACAGAUUACAUUAAAAACCUGCCCGUGUGGCGAUUUAAAUGUCUUGGUGGCCAUUCUGAAGAGGAAAUGGCGGAAAUCUCUCAAAGUGAAAGUGAUUCAGACUGUGAAUGCAAAGAUGUACCAAGUAGUAGCACAAAGCUAUCUGAGGAUGAGCACAGUACCCUUCAAAACCCCUGUGAAGAAGCCCUUCUGCACAGUGCCAAGAUCUGUUCAUGUGCCAAAGCCAGGUCAUACAGAGCUAUGGAAGAUACAGAGCCUGAUUGGUCAGCUUGGCCUACUGAUACAUUGCAUUGUACAGAAUGUGUGGUAUGCCUAGAGAAUUUUGAAAAUAGAUGUCUGCUAAUGGGCUUACCAUGUGGCCAUGUGUUUCACGAGAAUUGUAUUGUCACAUGGCUAGUUGGGGGGCAGCAUUGCUGUCCAGUGUGUAGAUGGGCCUCUUAUAAGAAAAAGAAACCAUACGUAAAUCCUCCUGUUUUGUCAAACCACAACCCUUCUUAGCUGUGUAACCUUCCCAUACAUUUCUUGCUUGCCUUUUACAUGUUAGUCACAAAAGGACCUUGUGGUUUGAAGUUUUAGUUUAAAUGUCAGUAUGGUGAAUGAAAUAAACAUGAUGCUAACCUUGA